AUAUAUCCCCCACCCCUUUCUCCAUUUUUACUCACCCACUCCUUCAUAUCUUUUCCCAACAACUACCUUUUUAUUUUAAUAAUAAUAUAAAAACUAGAAUAGAUUAAAGCUCGAUCUUUUGGCUUUUGCUGCUGUUACAAUACACAUACACCAUUAUGAAGGGGAUAAGCAGUCUCCUCUCCUCCUUCUUCUUCUUCUUCUUCUUCUUCUUUUUCUUGAUUGCUACUGUCAAUGCUUCGCCGGCGGCCCAAACUCUCCAACUGCAUCCGCAGGCGGAUUAUCAGUACCUGAACCCAAAGCUCCCUCCUAGAGCCCUUUCCAACUCCAAGAAAUACGAGGGCUCAUCCGACCUCGUGAAUCUCCGCUACCAUAUGGGUCCCGUCCUUUCUUCCCCUAUCAAUAUCUAUCUCAUCUGGUAUGGCAAGUGGUCCCCAUCCCAGCAGCUCAUCAUCAAAGACUUCCUACUCUCCAUCUCCACUACCAACCACCGCGCCGCCCCCUCCCCCUCUGUCUCUGAGUGGUGGCGCACCGUGUCUCUCUACACCGACCAAACAGGGGCCAACAUAUCCCGCUCCGUUCUCAUUGCGGAUGAGUAUUCCGACCGCCGCUACUCCCAGGGCACUCACCUCACACGCCUCUCCAUCCAGGACGUGAUCGCAGAGGCCGUACGCUCUAAGCCCUUCUCCAUCGACCACAAGAAAGGGAUCUACCUGGUGCUUACCUCCAUAGAUGUGACAGUGCAGGACUUCUGUCGGGCCGUGUGCGGCUUCCAUUACUUCACCUUCGCCUCCAAGGUGGGUUACACUCUGCCCUACGCUUGGAUCGGGAACUCGGGGAAGCAGUGCCCGGAAGUGUGCGCGUACCCGUUUGCAAUCCCGGGGUACAUGGCAGGAGGCGGACCGGGAGCAUUGUCUCCGCCCAACGGGGACGUGGGUGUAGACGGGAUGAUUAGCGUGAUAGCGCACGAGCUAGCGGAGCUGUCAUCCAACCCGCUGGUGAACGCAUGGUACGCAGGAGAAGACCCGACGGCGCCCACAGAAAUCGGUGAUCUGUGCGAGGGGCUGUACGGCACAGGGGGCGGCGGAGGAUACAUUGGGCAGGUGAUGAAGGACAGGGAGGGGCGGACUUACAAUAUGAAGGGGAGGAGGAGCAGGAAGUUCUUAGUGCAAUGGAUUUGGAGCCCUAUCCUCAAGGCCUGUGCUGGUCCAAAUGCAUUGGACUGAUGUAAAAUCAAUCUCUCCAUUUCUCCUCUCCUCUCCGCCCUCUCAAUCCACAAAUCAAAUCAAAGCUCCAAAUCGCCGCCGCCGGCUCGGCAGCAGCGAGGGUGACGAGACGUACGGUAUGAAUUGAAGUGACCCCCCAGGCCCCAACCCGAUUCGAGGAGCAAGAGUUUUUUUUUUUUUCUUUUAAUUCCUUUAUUUUCUUAGAAAUAUUUCUUUUUAUUCUUUAUAAAAAUUCAUUAGUGGUAUUGUUAUUAUUAUUAUUUGAUUUGAUUUGAUUUCAUUUUGGGCAAGAUGGAACCGUAUGUAUAAAGAGGCAUAUAAUUUUAGUUUAGUUAAAAAUAUUGACUUGUAUAUUACUUCCGGGCCAUAGUUGAAUGGCAGAGCAGGGUAAAAUAGGGCAUAAUUAUUAGUUCCA